UUCAAGAUGGCGGUGAACAGAGCAGGCAAGUCUGCUGUUGUGCUAUCUUCUGUUCCUCUCCAGCUCCUGCUCUACCUGUCAGCUCUUUACUAUGUAUUCUACUUCCUCUCUACAUUCUGCAUGAUCAUCUACAAGAGUCGUGUGCUGAGCUACCCUGAUGACCUCCUAACUCAGGACGUAGGUUUACUCUUCAUUAUGGCUGGUCUGGAGCUGCUCCGACUCUACUGUGGUGUGAGGGGUAACCUGCAGGAGACUGAAGGUUAUAUCUGGGUUAACCUGGCCAUGACGGCGGCUACGGCACUGCUGUCUGUCUACUUCCUGGUAUGGCAGCUGUACGUGAUGCAUGCUGACGUCAUCAUCAACUCCAUACUGCUCAGUGUGUACGGACUGGGAGGGGUCUUUGGGCUGGUCACACUGGCCAGAUUCACCAGUGUCUACUCCUGAGAACGCCGUGCUGUCCCCAUUCGUUAUAGCUGCACUGACAGCACUCCUUCACUACCAAACCUUAAUGGAAGGUAAACCCUCUGCUGCGCUGUUGGAGAUGUCUGAGCACCGGUGUAGGUGUUUGGCUGUUCAGAAUGCUAGUGGAAUUGGGAGUCUGAUGUCCUGAGCGCUCUGGAGCAGGUUUUCAUCAAGGAUCUCUCUGUACUUUGCUCCGUUCAUCUUU